CCUUUGCUGAGUUGCUGCAGUUGUAACUUUGGCACAAAUGCAUACCACUUUUGUUGCAUUUCGAAAGCUUCUCUGUGUCUGACAACAACAAAUCUGCACCUCGUUCAUAUGCUGUUUUUGUGUACAUUUCUGGGAUAACGAAUAGCUUACAAAGAGAUCAGUCCCAACAUUUCUCCCCAACAUGGAUGGGUCCGGGGAUUCUUCGAACAAGUUCAUGCCCAUCCAUCAAUGGUGCUCUCGCAGAGAGCGUGGUUUGGUUCCACGGUUCGGUGAUGCAGACACAAUCCAUCGCACUAUCUACCGUUCCUUGGAGCCGAAGAAGAUAUGGAAUGACCCGGGCCGAUUCCCCGGCAUUGUACGAGAUUAUGGAGGAGCGUUCAAUUUAGAAUUUUCUCCAGAUGGCACGUUGCUGGUGGCGGCCUGUCAAAAGAAAUCGAUUGUACUGUUCGAUCCACUGACGGAGAUACAGAUCUGCGCGGUAAAAAAUGCCCACACCGAAUGUGUAAACUGCAUAAAGUUUAUUGAUCAUCGCAUAUUUGCUACCUGUUCCGAUGACACGACGGUCGCAUUAUGGGACAUACGCAAUCUGACGACGAAACUUCGCACCUUGAACGGGCACAGCGGCUGGGUGAAGAACAUCGAGUUUUCGAAACGCGACGGCAUGCUGCUGUCAUCCGGGUUUGAUGGUUCGAUCUAUGCCUGGGAGAUUAACAACUUCACAGAAUAUGGCUCCGUAUGUCGGCGAGUACUUCAUGUUUCUGGACUGUUGCGGUCGCGUUUAACACCCGACGAAAACCGACUAGUACUAAGUAUGAGUAGCGGCUAUUUAAUGGUCAUUCACGAUCUGGAUCUCGCAAAUCUUGCAAGCGAUCUCGACGGAUUCUAUCCCAACGUCUACCGGCUGAUGCAGGUCGGCCGCCAGCUUAUUCCAAUGGCAGCGCGCUUUAGGCCCAUGUUUUACUCCAAACGCAAGAAGAACCGUAUCGAGCUAGUGACAGACUUUCCGCCCAACAACAACCCGGAAAUGAUCUGUGGACUAGCGAUGCACCCGCAAGGCUGGUGCACCCUGUCCAGAAACGUGUCAACUGACGAAAUGACCGAGUGGUCCGUUGUGCACGAUAUACAAGAGCUGCCUCAAGAUGAAGAAAUGGACGAGGAUGAGGAGGAAGUGGUAGCGCGCGAGCAGGAACGCCGAGAGGAACAGGAAGAUGAAGUAGAGGAACCGACGAACAGCGGUUCGGAUAUGGCUGCAGGGCCACAACCUAGCACGAGCGGGCUAUCUAGACGAUCGACUAGAAAUAGUCAGAUGGGAAGCGUUUUUCGCUUAAAUGUUACCAUGCGAGAAAUGAUGCCAUCGGUCGAUGCAAACAACGAACCUGCGGCUGGUAGCAAUGGAAAUAACGCAAACGCGGGCACUAACGAACCGGAACCUUCCGGAAGUCGUAACAAUUUAAUAACACCACCGCAACAAGAACCACAUGGUGGGGAGGCAGGUCCGAGUGCACAGUCAGUGCCUAUAGGAAGUGCAGGCCGUCCAUCUAUGCUUGGCAGACGUGUAAUGGUAACGGGACGGUAUCUGCGUUCCGACAUUGGUAGCACCGAUAUAUGGGCUACCGAGAUAACUUUCCGAGAGCGUAAGAACAUGCCGAAUCCACAAGUGCGCAACAAUCGUGGUCAAAUCUAUGGCAUAGUGUCCGGCGUCAGCUCUUCCGCGAGCACCGGUUACACGGGUGCGGGAAGAAAGCGUGUGACAGAAACGGUUUCUAAAAAUGCUUCCCGUAUGCUUUACUACAUUCAGGAAUCAACUACGAAGCAGGGUUACAUCAAGGAAUCAUGCUUCUCGCCAGAUGGUCGCAUAAUCUGCUCACCGCACGAAAAUGGUUUCCGUUUGCUGGCAUUUAACGAAAACUGUAACCAACUACAACAUGCCACCGGAAUUUGGCGUAACGAGAAUCCACAGCAGUUGCAGGAACUGAAGCAUAAGCAAUGCCACUCGUCUAUGGUAGUUAGCAGUCAGUUCAGCCCACGAUUCCCACUACUCGUUACGGGUUGCUUGCUGGGUAAAAUCGUCUGGCAUCAACCGGCACUGUACUGAACACGCCCCACAAGCGUGGUAAUAAUAAUAAAGAGUUCAUGUAACGUAUUCAUUUCAA